UAUAUGUAUAUAUAUCUCUCUCUCACCGGAAUCUGUCAACAGCAGUCGCAAUGAAAAGUUCAAAACAAAACCCUCCUCGUGUUCUCAAAAACUCUGCCUCUUCCCUUUCCUGGCCGUCACUUUCCCACUCUCUCAGAAAAAGCCUUUCUUUUUCGUUCUCUGCACUACUUUCUUUCCCCUCAUACAUAUCUAUAAUAAUCAAAUCCCAUUAUUCAUCUCUCAUUAUCUAAUAAUAUCUCCUUUCUUUCUUUCUCUGUCUUCAACUCUGCCCCAAAAAUACCAUGGUUGCAGUGCUUCUACUACUACUCCUAGCCGUCUUUAGUCACUUCUUUCGCUUUCAACUCUCCAAAAACACAGUGCCCUUUUCUUUCUCAAACCCCACUUCUCAAUUCAUCCACCAUUUUCUGCAUUAACUCUAAACCCUCUUUGCUUAUUUAAACAACCAUCUUGCUUGUUCGUCUUCUUCAAACUGUUUGAUCGAACUAUAUAGAAAUGGAAGAAAAAGACCAAGAUUUUUCAUUUCGAAAGUUUCCAACUCUUUCCCAGAUUCUACAAGAACUGAGAGAGCUAUGGGGUUUGGCUCUGCCCAUUACGGGGAUGAACUUGCUCGUAUUUUUCCGUGCUGCUGUCUCAGUCUUCUUCUUGGGUCGACUCGGCAGCCUCGAACUCGCCGGUGGAGCACUCUCUUUAGGGUUCACCAACAUCACCGGCUACUCCGUCCUAAUGGGGCUGGCCUCCGGACUCGAACCCGUCUGCAGCCAAGCUUACGGCUCCAAAAACUGGGCCCUGCUCGCCAUCUCCUUCCAGCGAAUGGUUCUAAUCCUCCUCGUCGCCGCCAUCCCCAUAAGCCUACUCUGGCUCAACCUCGAGAGAAUCAUGAUCGGCAUGGGCCAAGACAAGGCCAUAACAUCAAUGGCAGCCACAUACUGCCUCUACUCACUCCCAGACCUCUUAACAAACAGCCUGCUCCAGCCACUGAGAGUGUUCCUCCGCUCCCAACAGGCAGUCAAGCCCAUGAUGUACUGCACCAUGGCGGCUGUAGCCCUGCACGCGCCUCUGAACGUGCUGAUGGUGAAGGUGCUGGGGCUCGGGGUGGGCGGUGUGGCUGCAGCCUCGGUGCUGACGAAUUUGAACAUGGCUGUGCUGAUGGCGGGGUGGUAUUUGGGGUGGGGGAAGGGGAGGGAGAUGGUGAUGAGUUGGAGAGUGUUUGGUGGUGGUGAUGGUAGUGGCGGUGGGGUUGGAGAGGUGUGGGGUGGGAUGGGGCCACUGUUGAGGCUGGCUGUGCCGAGCUGCUUGGGGAUAUGCCUGGAGUGGUGGUGGUACGAGAUCGUGACGGUGAUGGCCGGGUACUUGGCGAAUCCAACUCUGGCUGUGGCUGCCACUGGGAUUCUCAUUCAGACCACUAGCAUGAUGUACACUGUCCCCUUGGCUCUUUCUGGCUGUGUCUCCACCCGGGUUGGGAAUGAGCUUGGAGCUGGCAACCCUUAUAAGGCCAAGCUAGCGGCCAUGGUUGCCCUAGGUUGUGCCUUCUUGAUUGGCUUCAUCAAUGUGACAUGGACAGUGAUCUUGAGAGAAAGAUGGGCAGGGCUUUUCACAAAGGAUGACCUUGUCAUGUCCUUGGUUGCGUCGGUUAUGCCAAUCAUGGGCCUCUGUGAGCUGGGGAACUGCCCACAGACAACAGGCUGUGGCAUUCUCCGUGCCACUGCUAGACCAGCGGUGGGUGCUCGUGUCAACCUGGGCUCGUUUUACUUUGUUGGUACUCCUGUGGCCGUUGGACUCGCCUUUUGGCUCAAGGUUGGAUUCCCCGGCCUAUGGUUUGGCCUUAUGUCAGCUCAACUAGCCUGCGUCGUGUCCAUCCUCUAUGUCGUGCUUCUCCAGACGGAUUGGGAGGCCGAGGCUUUGAAGGCUCAAAAAUUGGGUGGGGUGGAAAUGAGUACUAGUAGUGCUUGCAUUGAAGGGAGGGAAACAAAGCAAGAGGAAGAUGAAGAGAGCAAAGGGCUUUUGACUAUUAAUGGAAAUGGUAACAACAAGGAUGAUGUAUUUUGGACAGAAUGAACUAAACUACUACAAAUUUUGUGUUUAGUUUAUAAAAUAGAUGAUGCCAAGUAGUUGUAACAAAGAAGAAAAAAUGUGUUUGUUUUACUAGCCGGAGCUUUGUAUUUGCUUUGCUUGUUAUAAUUUUGUAUCUUUGGUUUAUUGCUUAAAAGUUCCACUUCCGAGGCUAAGUGAAUGGAGUUGUCAGAACAUUACAACUUCUCAAGCAUAACAUCACAUCACAAUUUUUAAAGAGUGCCAUUAAUCUGGUGCUACUCAAAAUGAAUUUGUUCUUUGGUGAUUUUUUUA